CUGUGGCUGCCGGGACGGUUGCGCUCAUGUCGCAAGAAGGAGAGGAGGCUGCCGCUGUGCAGUGCCCUGUCCGGGCCGCCCUUGACCAUUUGUGUCAGGAACUCAAUCUGGACGUUGACAGCGCUUCGGAAGCCCUCCGGGAUUUCACAGCCUUGCGGGGCACCUACAGCCUUGAGGGAGACAUUAUACAUUGGUUGGCUUGUGCUCUCUAUGUUGCUUGCCGUAGAAGUGUAGUGCCUACUGUGGGAAGUAGUUUGAUGAAAGGAAAUUGUGUCUCACUGACCAGAAUUCUGCGUUCAGCGAAGUUAAGCUUAAUUCAGUUUUUUAGUAAAAUGAAAAAAUGGAUGGACAUGUCAAACCUAUGUCAAGAAUUUCGAGAGAGAGUAGAGAAGUUGGAGAGAAACUUUGAAGUGUCCACAGUAAUAUUCAAAAAAUAUACCCCAAUCUUUUUAGAUAUAUUUAAAAAUCCUUAUGAAGAACAACCCAAAUUUCAAAGAAGCAGGAAACAAAGACGGGUACCCUGUAGUGCUAAAGAUCUAUUCAACUUCUGCUGGACUCUAUUUGUCUACACAAAGGGUAAUUUCAGUAUGAUUGGAGAUGAUCUAGUGAACUCAUAUCAUUUACUUUUAUGCUGCUUGGACAUGAUUUUUGCAAAUGCACUUCUGUGUCCAUAUAAAAAAGAUUUAAUAAAUCCAUCUUUCAAAGGUUUGCCAGAAGACUUUCAUACAACUGACUCCAGAACUUCUGAAAGCCCACCAUGCAUUAUUUCUACACUGUGUGAAUCACAUGAUGGACUUUUGGUAGAUGCCAAAGGCAUAAAAGAACAUUACUUUAAGCCAUAUAUUUCAAAGCUCUAUGAUAGGAAGAUUUUAAAAGGAGAUUGUCUUUUGGAUCCAAGCUACUUUGUAAAUAACAACAAAGCCCUAAAUAAAGAAUAUGAAGAAUAUGUUCUCACAAAAGGUGAUUUUGAUGAAAGAGUUUUCUUGGGAGCAGAUGCAGAAGAAGAAAUUGGAACACCUAAAAAAUGUUGUGCAGCUACACCAUGCGGAAAUAUAAGAGCUCAUGUUGAAUGUCAUCUUCAACAACAUUUUGAAAAAAGAUCCUUUGCACCAUCAACCCCUUUAACUGGCAGGAGUUACUUGAAAGAGAAAGAAUCAGUAAUUACACCAGUUGCUUCUGCAACACAGAGUGUGAGCCGUUUACAAAGUAUUGUAGCAGGAUUGAAAAAUGAACCAAGUGAACAGCUUGUAGCUAUUUUUGAAUCAUGUACACGGAAUCCUAUGGAGAAUAUCCUGAAAGGAGUGAAAAAGAUAGGUGAUAUUUUCCGUCAGAAUUAUACUCUGUCUGUCAAUGAUCAACUGGUAUGCCAUUUAGAUUUUGCUCUUCAUCGAUUAAGAUUGGCAGAAAUUUUGUACUAUAAAAGUUUGGAAACUAUAAUGAUACAAGAAAAGCGAAGGCUGCCUGGCAAAGACAUGUCUACCAUUUUAGAACAAGAUAUUUUCCAUUGCUCUUUGCUUGCAUGUUGUUUUGAAAUAGUUCUGUUUGCAUAUCGUUCACCGAGAACUUUUCCCUGGAUCAUUGAUAUUCUUAAUGUCAAGCCAUUCUAUUUCUACAAGGUGAUUGAAGUGUUGAUACGUUCGGAAGAAGGACUCUCAAGAGAUAUGGUAAAACACCUCAACAGCAUUGAGGAACAGAUACUUGAAAAUCUAGCCUGGAGAGAAGACUCUGUACUUUGGGAUGCUCUUCAAGCCUCAGAAGAUGAGGUUCCUCGCUGUGAUGAAGUAAUAUUUCCAAGUAAUUUUGAAACAGGAAAUGGAGGAAAAGGAUUAGGAUAUCUUCCUAUGAUGCCAGCAUCUCCUAUAAUGCAUCCCAGAGUAAAAGAGGUUCGGACAAAUCAUGAGGGCAGUCACAGAAGAGAUUUGCAGCUGUUGUCUCCAAUCUCCAUUCAUGACCGUUACAAUUCUCCUAUGGCAGGGAGUGCUAAAAGAAGGCUUUUUGGAGAUGAAAGCCCUCCCACAAAAUCUGUAGAAAAAAAAUGUGCUGAAGCAAUGAAGCUGACAACAGACAAGCAUAUGUCUAUUUCACCUGAUGAAAUUGCUCUAAAUAUGGCACAAACUGCAGUAACAAGACAAAAAGUAACAAUCCCAUUCCACGGUAACACAAAUGAGACAGGAAGGAUCACAUUGAUACCUAUUGCAGUCAACCUAUUUGAAGACUCUAAAGUGGACAGCUAUGGACAAGUCCCACUCAGUGCUGAUGCUUUAAUGACUGUUUGUCCAAGUCAGCUUCCUCCAAGUGAACCCAUUCAUUCAGCAGGAAACAAACCAAAGAAAACUGGAUCUCUAGCACUUUUUUUCAGAAAGGUAUACAAUUUGGCAAGUGUUCGAUUACGUGAUCUCUGCUCAAAACUGGAUGUUUCCAAUGAUUUACGAGGGAAGAUAUGGACUUGUUUUGAAUACACUUUAGUCCAUUGUACAGACCUAAUGAAAGAUAGACACUUGGAUCAGCUUCUUCUCUGUGCUUUUUAUAUCAUGGCAAAGGUGUCUAAAGAAGAAAGAACUUUUCAAGACAUAAUGAAAAGUUAUAGAAAUCAGCCACAAGCUAACAGCUAUGUAUAUAGAAGUGUCUUACUGAAAAAAGUACAAGCUGAUGCAAUAGAUGUAAAACAUGAAAGCAUGUCAAAUGAAGGUGUCUGCGGGAAGAUGAACAAUUAUAGAGAUUUGGAAAAAGAAGAUAGAAGCGAUCUUAUAAUGUUUUACAACACUAUUUAUGUAAAAAAAGUGAUAAACUUUGUACUGAAAUAUGUUUCCAACCAUGAUUAUAUGGUGGAAGCACCUCCGCUUUCCCCCUUCCCCAGCAUUAAACAGCUACCAGUAUCUCCUCGGCGAAUUUCUCAGCAACAUUCUCUUUAUGUUUCACCACACAAGAAUGGUUCUUGCCUAACACCUAAGAGUGCACUAUUAUAUAAAUUUAAUGGGAGCCCCUCUAAGAGUUUGAAGGAAAUUAACAAUAUGAUUAAACAAGAAGGACAGAGACCUAAGAAGAGAGCAAUAUCAAUUGAUAGUGACACAGAAUCACCAGCUAAGAGACUUUGCCAGGAGAAUGAUGAUGUUUUACUUAAACGUCUUCAAGAUGUUGUCAGUGAAAGAGCAAACCAUUAAAUCAGCAAAGAUGCUGUGAGCACCAAAGCUUUCUUGUGACUCAAUUCUCUGUCCUUCCUAAAGUUUUUAUGUUUUGUAGGUAGACGGUUAUCAAUCAAUGUAUUAGAAUUUUAAGAUGCACCAUUAUCAAAACAAAAUUUAUGGCAGUUAUGAAUUUUUAUUUUUAUACUCUGAAUUUAUGUCAUUAUUCUGAAGGUUUUGAUCAGAGCUAUAUUAAAUAAUGCAUUUUAAGGUUAUUAAAGGGUUAUUGGAAUAAUUAUGUGAAAGUAGGAGUUUGUGAGAAAAUCUUGAUUUAAGAUGACUUUCUCAACAUUUACAAUGUCUAUUAUUUACUGGCGUAGUGGUUUGGGUUUAUAGUUCACUUAACAUUUUUGGUAUUGUUUAAAAGAAUAUUAGAAUCUAUGCAUUAUUUUAAUAUAAAAUAAGAUAAGAUACAGUUAAUCAUUAAUCCAGUAAGAUAAGGUGUCCUAGUUUAGAAUGUAGAUAUUUCCCCUGUUUGAAAGGUUGGAUGAAUGUUUUGAAUAAGCUAUUCUGUAAAGCAGGGGUCCCCACCCUGGGGCUGGGGCUUGUUUGGAAUUGGACCCUGCAAGCAGUGGGAGAGCGUGUGAGCAUGUGCAGUUCCAUUUGCGUGAGCGACAGGUGCAUGUCCCUGUGACUUGUGCAAAUGGAGCUGCAUGCACUCACACACACCCACACACACACACUCCCCCCAUGGUUGCGUGAAAGCAUCCCCUCUACCCUCCUGUCAUUGCUGGCGGUCUGCAAAGCCAGAAAGGUUGGGGACCACUGUUGUAAAGCACUGAAAAACUCCCUAUAAACUUAAGAUUUCUUUUUCUCCCUUCAUCCCAAAAAACCCAAGUCAACACUGAAAAUGAUUUCCUAGGAAAAUACUGUUUCUAUGCAUUAUCAAACUUUUGCUAAAUCAAAGAAAUUUAUGGCUCAAUAUUAUAAAGUAUACCAGCCUUCUUUAAUGAAUUACUUGGUAGCUCUAACCACCUGCUAAGCAGCUGUAAAUUGUAACAUUCUAUUAAAAUAUUUUUUUUCAACUGAAAAGCUUAUUUCCUUUGUGUAGUAUCUACACAAAAUAUAAGCCUUAUCAAAUUAAGUGUAUGCAUAAAUCAAUAUGAAAUAUUAUAAGGUUUUAACUGUAGUAUAGUUGGCUACUUUUUAAAAAAAAUGCUGAACUUUUUUAUAAAGAGGGAAGUUUAUUAGAAAUAUUUUAUGAAAAUAUAGAAAGAUAGGAGUUCCAUCAAAAAGUAUCAUUCUAUUAAAAGUAAGAACCAUAAAAUAUUUUGCAUUUCUAUUCAUAUAAAGAAAGAUUUAAAUUUUGUUAAGAUUGCUUUUGGAACAGUUUUAUCAGUUCUAGAAAGAGCUAUCAUUUAAUAAACCACCACAAAGCCAAAUAAUACGCUGAAAAAUAUUUUACGAUAGACUUAAACAUAUUUAUAAAAGAUGUCUUUUUUCUUUGGGGAGAAAAAUGUUUUAUCUUUUGAAAUAUUGGCUUGUUAUCACAGAGUGUGUUGCAUAAAAUUAUACUCGGAGUAUAGUUUCAAUUAUAUGCAACUGGUUUUUACCUUUCUUUUCUAGUCAAUCAGUCUUAAUGUCUUACUUUUCUCUCAAUGAUAUAAAUACAUUCAAGGCAGGGAAGGUUUAUUGCACCUUGGAUGUUCAAAGAAAAAAGUGCCCUCCCAGGCCUUCAACCUUUUAAAAAAACAAAGACUGAACAAUGAUUGUUGCUGAGAUUUAAUGCAUGUUAUAGAGGUAGUUAGGAAUAUAGAUCAGCAGACAGAAGUUGUCUGUGAGUAGACAUAGCAGCUGCCUCCACUAACUUUUGAGAUUCCUAAGUGGCAACACAGAGAUAACAGAUAUCCCUAAUUUAUGAGUGCCAUUUAGUGGCUGUCUGAUUUUUAUAGUCCUGUUCUAGUAGUACAGCUCUGCUCCUAAUAGGAGUGGUCCAGUAUACCACUGA